AUGCCUCGACGAAAGGGCAACAAGUUUCAGUAUGCUGAGCCUCAAGUUUUCAAAUACCAGACCUUUGAGCGUGAUGCUCGAGAGAACAUCACAUACACACGAAACCCUAUUUUUCCAGACCAACCUAUCAUGUUUAGUGAUCGAUUCACUAACAAACGACCUCAGACUGAGGCACCAGUUGAUCUUGAGACACCAAACUCAACCCCCUUGGAAAGGAGGACAACGGAUGAAGGUCGGAUGAAACCUGAGGUCUUUCAGCGAUAUAGGCUAAUGUUCGAGUCAGGCUAUGUCAGCAGUAAUGAGCCAACAUCGCCAGGAGCCUCAAAGGCCGCUGUAGCUCCUAGUGUUCCAGCCGUGGAGGAGGAACAAGAUGAUGAUGCACUAUCGAUGUCAGGCAGCAUGUUGCAAUCACCUAAGUCUUUAGAGAGACGAUUGAGAGUAUCUCUCGACAGCAGGUCAAUCCUUGACUUGAGCGAAGUCGGCGAAACAGAUCUACAUGAAGAUCCUACGCCUUCGAUAGAGAAACCGGAGCCGAUACCUGAAGAGUCAGCAGAGCAGGAAACAGCUGCUGACGACCACGAAGCACCAACAGAAGGCAUGCCCGAGGUAGAGUCGACUGAACAACCCUUGUCUACAUCGCGAGCUGCUUCGACAGCACCAUCUUUGGCAGAACCUGCGGCCGAGUCUCUAGAUGAUGAGAUAGUUGUAAUGGAUGAGGUCAACGAUAUCCCAUCGCGUGUUGCGUUGCCAGUCCCGUCGACAGCCGGAUCCAUUGCAGCCUCCAAAGCACCUUCCUUGGAGGAAAAUGAAGAUCUACCCGUCGAGGCAAGCCCCGCACCAUCUCGCGCGGCGUCACCUACUCCUCAAGAUGGCGACGAUGGCGACAACAAGAAGCAUGAAGACGAGGCUAUACUUGACACACCCACUGCAGAUAAAGAGACAGAUACAAAAGAUGUGUUAGAGUUAGACGACAAGGAUGAGGAAGGACUGAAUGAAGAAUCUACAGCUGAAGCGGAAACACCUGGUGUCACUGAAGAAAAUGCAGCAGCGACAGUGGAAGAUUUAGAAAAGUCAGAAGAGGCUAACGACUCAACAAAUGUCGUCGAACCAGAGGAAAGUGAUGAGCCUGAUAUCGUCGUGGUAGAUGACGAAAACGUCGAGGAUACAGAGGUCAAGGCAGUAGACUUGGACGAAGCUGCCGACAGUCCUGCUGAUGAAUCUGUUGGCGAAGUAGUCGAGGAAGCACUCGCCGGCGAAUCCGGGAUCAAUGACGAUAUCUCCGGCGAAAAUGCAGAUCAGAAAGAAGCACUACCCGAAGAUGUACCUGAAGGCGCCGCUGAAGAAGCAUCCGGAGAAGAGGUGGCAAGUGAAGAAGUGUCAGCCGGGGAUGGAGCAGAGGACAAGACUGACACUAAAGCAGACGAUAAGCUAGAAGAUGGAGCAGAAGGCGAGGCCGAACCUAAACCAGUUGAAGAAGGAGGCGAGGUGGCUGAAGCUCAAUCUAAUGUUAAAGAGCCAGCCCCGGAAACAGGCACUGCAAAAUCCGAGGACAGCAAGUUCCAAGAAGAGGAGGGAGCAGCUGAGCCGAUAGCUGAAGAGAAUGAAGUCGCUGCAGAAGACAAAGAGAUAGAUGAGUCAAAGGCCGACGAAGACGUGAUACCUGAGGUUCAGUCGAAAGAUAUAGAAGAGGAAGAAGCUGUUUCCGAAACGGUCGAGAAGGCGUCACUUGAGACAACAGCUGAAGAAACCAAGACUGAAGAGUCAGAAGAAGUUGCAAAUGCGGCUGAUGCAACACCUUCUGUCGAAACUACAGCAGAAGAGCCAUUAGCCAGUGAUUCUACAGCAACAGAAGUAGUCAGUGCAGAGGCUGAAGAAAAAGCCGGCGAUGAAACUGUCGAGAAUCUUGAUACGAAAGUCAACAUCGACGAGGCUGAAGCCAAAGAAGCUACCGAGGAAACCUCAGAGGUUGACGAAGUAGCUGCCAACGAAGACGGUUCUGAGAAUGUACCAGGAGGAUUUCCUGUCGAGAACAAUGAAGAUGCAGUGACUGAAGAGACUGUCGAUGAAGAUACCAAGCCUGAUGAGGUGGCGGACGAAGCUAAAGAUGUCAACAACGAAGAUGUGGAAGCUGAGGAGACGAAAACUGACGAGACGGCGGUAGACGAAAGCGUUCCAGAACAGCCUGCAACCGAAGAAAUCGUAGUUGAAGCGACUACGGCAGGAGAUACAGCAGCGGAGGAGGUGAUGGUAGAAGAAGCAAUAGCAGAAGAUUCGGUGGUAGAGGAAGUGGGCACAGAGGAAACAAAAACUGGGGAGGAAGUAGUAGAAGAGGCAGUAGGCUCAGAAGCUACCCCAGAAGCUGCAACAGAAGAAACAGUGCCAGAGACACUCGCCAACGAGGACGAUAAUCCCGACGAUGUGGCAGUCGAGGCUGCAGCUAUGGAGGAGCAGGCCCCCGAGGACGCCACGGUCGUUGGAGCGUCGUCCGCCGAACUCAAGAAGGACACCCCAACCGAGCAAGUUUCAAGCGGAGUUAAUAAGACGGCGUCGAAAAAGAGUUCCUCUGAGAAACAUCGAGCCAACCUUGCGAAAGCAGCAGCAGCUGGUGCAGCGGCAGCAGUUGCAGCACAUGAGCUGCAGAGACGCAAGCACAAGAGGAAGGAGACUAGUCAAUGGGAACGAGCCCCUCAAAGCCAUAGCUCAUCCAGUGCGAAGGACGGUCGACAUCUGCUCGAACGGCACAAGGAGGAAGCGAAGCCCUUUUCAUCAGCGCUGAAACGGCAGAUAGACAAGGCGAAAGAAGAGCGUGAUCGGAAACGUAGCUCUAAAGACUAUAGGGAGCAGCAACGACACCGUCGAGAACGACAGGAGGCCAAAGAAGCAGCCGAGGCCGAGAAGCGUCGAAGAGAACACGAAGCUCGACGCAGGGACGAUGAGGUAAAGAAAGCUUAUGAGACUGCGCUGCAGAAUAAGCAGGAAGAACUGCGCAGAGAGGCCGAGGAUCAACAACGUAGGAAGCACGAACGUAAGCAGAAAGAAGACGAGGAGCAGCGCACGCCGCGCACGAAAACACACCAUCAUCAACGAACCAAUUCCAUGAUAUCCAGCAAUGGCUCCGGUAGUGAACGACCUGCACUUCUGCAGCGCAUGACAACUGGUGAAUCUGACACAAACGGCCCUUUGCUCAGGAUCAACAUGCUCAAAGCUGGCGGGUACGACUCCCAGGAACUACCACGAAGCGUACCAGUUUCUCCUCCGCGGAGCAACAAGUCACCUGUUCUUCACAGAUCUAAUACCGAGUAUGGCUCGGAAUCUGGCACCGACGCCGAUGGACAUCGUCGUCACAGGCACAGGCGACGACAUCAUCCCAGGCAUGAAGUGAGGGAGGAAAGUAUUGAAACGACAACGAGGCAAGAUCCUGCGAGGAAAGUUGUUACAAGAGAGAAGCUUGUGAGACGAGUAACAAGCAGCAAGGAGCAAGAACAGCGUCCAGGAUUGAAGCUAUGGAGGCGUGUCACGGACGCGAUCAUCAAAUGA